GCGACAUACUGCUGAAUAGUUGUAAACAGCGUAUGCUCUUUUACAAAGUCGCGUUAUCUGGAAAAUUAGUGGAACUCAAGCUUGUUGACAUUUCUUACGCAUGGUUAAUAUUGAAACUGCGUUUUAAGCCUCGCCCAAAUGAAUUUAAAUAUGUCGCUAAACAACAUAAAUACAAACGGUUUUUACGAUGAACCGAUUUUAUUGUGGAAAACAAAGCAACGCGUUCAUUACCAAGAUGAUGUGGCACGAACCAAAAAAAAUCAAGCACUUACCGACAGCUGCGAAUAUAUUACAAUAAGGCAACCGAAAAAAUCGAUAUCCUUCUCUCGUCUAUCGCCCGCCACGACGACACCGCCGGGUACACCAGCAAUCUCCGGCAACGUUAACACAUCCAUUGCUGCUACUUCUAACUCCGUGAAACGGUACGCUCGUACCGCAUGUGAUCAUUGCGGUCACCAUAAUAUACCAAUCAUGUCACACCCUAUUUCGCCGCUAGCGAAAUCGCAGACUACAUUGGAACUGGUGGAGCACAGUAACCAGCGUCAGGCUCUCUUACCACUCCCAGCUAUCGGUAUACACCGUGACGACUCAGCUUGCACACUCCAGGUGUCCCGCCGUCCUUCUAUACUGUUGCAGGAGAUCCUGACCCAACGACAGUCUGGCCCUGGACGGAAAGAUCCCAGUAAUUUUCUACAUCCACGCAACUAUAGAAAUGCAGGAAAUCCCAAUGGAACUGUUAACGGCAGUACGGCGACCAUCAAUUUUCAAAGUGGCUCUGGAAGUGCUCGCAACGGUUCCAGUGCCAACUACGACAGUGGCGCAAAAAGCUUUCAAGCCAAACAGCAAAAAGAAAAAAACCGGAGAACGGGCAACGAUGCCAUCAGCUCGGCAUUGUCUGCCACUUAUUGCAAGUUGCUAGUCCUGUUAGGUGUAUGCCUUCCUAUUACGGAAGUCAUAUCAGAUCAAAUACCAACCUAUGUGUACCAGGGCUUUUAUGUUUAUUUAUAUGCUGUCAGCAUAUUUUUUGUCAUAUUUUUGUACAUAAGUGCAUUCCGUAAUCGAUCACUCUUCAAUGCUCUCAAGGACUUUCACGAAAAAAAUAGCAAUAUACACCUGAAACACAAAGUGAAUCACUUCGGAAGCUUCUAUCUACGCGUUGGCGCCAUUGCCUUCGCUAUUGGUACAAUGGUAUAUUCAGGAUUGGAAUUUGGUCAAUUCUUUGAACUAAAUGGUCAUGCUGGAUGCCACGAUGUCUUUGUAGCUAUCACUCCUAUCUGCCGCAUGAUCCUAUGCAUUGCCCAAGUACAGUUUAUCUUCCUAAACACCACGUAUAUGGACAUGGCGCGGCACAAGGUAACAUCGCGAUUUGGGCUCAUGCACAUGGUGGCCACAAAUUUGUGUGAGUGGUUAUACGUGUUGGUGGAGGAGACAAAACACGAAAUAUUUCAUAUAAGCCACCAUGACAUUGAUCCAGGCCAAGAUCCCGUAUUACACAGCGGAGCACAUGGAGGUCCUGACUGGUCAGCCGUAAACGAAUCGCUACAACUUCACGGCCAACAUUACAUAGGAUUAAAAAUGCAAAACCGCUCCGUAGAAAGCAUGGUUCACAACAUAUUAGCGAAUAUGUCGACGUCGGUUAGUAAUAUUACAAUAAUAGCAGCGCCUACACAUGCCUCUUUUACUGGAUGCUCUCGUACAACAAUCAUGGGUGCAUUAGUCCAACAACUGUCACCAUUUCUUUUUCCGUGUACGAUUGAAUACUCAUUGAUUUGCGCAGUAAUUUUAUUUGAGAUGUGGAAGACUGUUAAAUCCAUACCGGACAUCGACAAGACACGUAAAAACUCAGUAAAGCCAAUUGCACAGAAGCCGGCACACCACUUCUCUGUCGAUUGCUCCCAGUCUCACAAAGGUCUCUUUUUCGGCAUACUAAUUAUUGUUAUGACUAUAAUCUCAAUGAUUAUGUACUUUGUGCUGUAUACACAACCCGGCUACGAACUCAUCGCAACCCAGGAAGUUACACUUUGGGAGACUUUUAUGUACUUCAUGUGCGCCUCCGCAGUAAUAACAGGCAUGAUCUUAAUGCGUGAUCUGAGGUACAUCAAGGAUACGAGCGACGAACACCAUUCAAUGGAUUUGGAUAAUCUCUUACUUGUAGUGGCCCAGACAGGCGUCUACUUGUAUGGGAUGUUCAGUAUUUUUGGCAGCUAUUUUGCAAAAUGGGACACGGUACCAGACCGAGUUGAAGGCAUUAUUGCCGAGGUUUUUGGUGUGGUACAGACGUCAUUGCAGACGAUGUUUAUACUACAUGCUAGCCAUCGCCGCUGCAAGGGAUCUAAGCAAGUGCGUCGUAAGCCCGGCCGGGAGAUUAUUACGUUUUUGUUAGUUGCAAACAUUGCCAUAUGGUUUGUCAACACUCUUAUUAAAGGACGCGCUGUGUUUCGUGAGUCGCACCUUGAGUUUUUUGGUGUUUGGGGCUGGACAAUUAUUACACAUAUUUCUAUGCCACUGGCGAUUUUCUAUCGCUUUCAUUCUACGAUUUGUCUUUUCGAAGUGUGGAAAAUUACAUACAAGGCCAAGGCACACUAAUUAGAUUAGAUGGAUAUUAACAAAUGUAUUCCCCAUUUGUUUUCAUUUUUUAUUAUAUUAUUUUAAGUCCUUUGUAAUUGAGUAUUAUUUAGUAAGCAUUUUUAGGUUCAACAAAUAAAAGAUUAAAGUAUUCAAAAAAUCA